GUAAGGGCCCGGCAGCAAAAUUUAUCUCCCCGAUCAACCUUAUCCAUGAUGAUCAUAUGGUGAAGUUCGAUAAGCUUGUCUCUGGGAGCCCUGGAUAGUCCGUAGGCGUGGUAAAGAGCCUCAUAGGAAAGACCUUUAACAGAUUCCCGCAUUACCUCCACCGCACCGUGGACCAUCAGAUCACCGGUGAUACACACCAAGCACAAAACAUGGAAAAUACCUCUCAAUUCGUAUCUAUGGCCUGGUCAGAGACGAUCCCGAGCAUCAUACCUGGGACAACGCAAUAUCAGACAAUCAGUUCAUCAUCUGUGAAUCCGUCAAAUCCAUAUCUAUACUCCGGGACUUCCCAAUCAUCACAAGCCGAAUAUUCAGAAAUAACCGUGGAACAACCCUUGGUAUUCCCAACUUAUGAUCCUAACAACGAAUUUGCAGUGGGGACCUCGCAGAAUUCGGCAGAUUGUGUGGACCAUGCGAUCUACUCCAGCCCACCGAGCACUGCAUCAAUGCAGCCAUUGUUCUAUGUACAUGAUGAAGCUGUUUUUCCCGCGGAUCCAAGUCAAUACAGCAAUCAAGACAUCACUCAGCCAACAUUUAGUCGUACACGACGUGAACCAGCUUCCCGCACGCUGACCAGCCACGAUCUGACCUCCGCGUCGAGUCAUUGGACCAUCAAUACUGUCGCCAAUCGAACAUGCUUUGAACAUGGUUGCGAAGGGCGAGUGUUCUCGUCCAGAAGCAAUCUCCGGCGCCAUCAACGAGAAAAGGCCCAACAAGCACGACUAUUAGAAUGUCCGGUAUGCCACGCAAGGUUCUACAGACUCUGGACCAGAGAUCAACACUUGAUUUUGGGAAGGUGCCGAAGGUUCUGGUCUCAAGACCGGCAAUAUCAAGCACCACAACGCUACGAGAGAGCGACGGUGUCGCAGUGGCUGGGAAUGGGUGUGAUAGCGUGAUUCUCGGUGUUUGUUCAUGAUAACGAUUUGCAUAUACAAUCACUGCUUCGGGGCUGAGUCGCCUCAAUCAAUAUGCUGGAAAUCUGGAAUCAUAGUUCUGCCUAGCUUUGCUGGUGACCACCUCGUGCUGUUUCUGGUGUAUAGGGUGAUCACCAGUAAUCCAUUCAUUCGCCAUGCUGAUGGUCUCGUCUUGGCACAAUGGGCCCACCGGAUCAGCCAAUUUCUUGAAUGUCCAUGAUUUUGGUCGAGGUCUCCACCC